UCUCGUCAUCACCACAAAGCCACAGUGAAGAAGCGAUUUAGCGAGAGGAAAAAUGUUCAAACACUUACUUCUGCUUAUUUUCGUCCCAGCCUUGGUAUACGGACAAGGAACUAAUGUACGAACAUGCACUGGUUACAGACCACCGCCACAUGAAGUUCGCGUCCGUGGAUGUACAUCGAUGCCCUGUACAGUUCGACGUGGCACUGAGGCUAUAAUGGACCUAGACUUUACCGCUCCGGUAGCAUCCACCACUCUUCGGCCAGUCGUCUUUGCAUCCGUUUUAGGUGCCACCAUUGAAUACCCAUUGCCGGACCAUCUACGAAACGCAUGCAAUCACAUUCGUCCGAAUGGUUGUCCGCUGGCCACUGGCACCACAACUUCAUACAAUUUCGUAUUCGCUGUGAAUCCACUCUAUCCGCCAGUUACGGUAGGAGUUGAAGUUAAUUUGGUGAAUCAAGACAAUGUUGCUGUAACUUGUUUCAUUGUGGAUAUUGCGGUACGAUUUUAAUUGAUUUUAUAUUGAUGGCUCUUGCGUUAUGUUGAUGAACUGUCGUAUUGGUAAAAUUGCUUUAAUAGUUUUUUAAGAAACACCAAAAUCCAUUUGUAAUAUAGAGUUUAUGUACGAAAAAGUA